AUGUGCACGCGCCUGCUGAGCCGGCGCGGCCUGCGACGCGGCGCGCGCUCGCGCUCCUUCGCGCCGCGGGAUCUGCUCGCCGCCGCGCCCGCGGAGAACGUGAGUAGCGCCGCCGACCGGCGAGAGCGCCGCGGCGGCGACUGGCGGCUGACCGGCGCGGCGUGUGCGCAGGUGUACGCGGACGUCGACGCGGCCGGGCGCCUGCGCGCGCGCGGCGGCGUGGCGCGCGCCGUGCGGGCGGCGCGGCUGGCGGACGCGGCGCCGCACGCCGACGCGCUGCUGUGCGCCGAGCGCGCGCCCGCCGAGCCGCGCCUGCGCCUGCGCCUGGCGGCCGACGCGCCGCCGCUGGCGGAGCUGCGCCUGUGGUUCGACGAGCGCACGCUCGCGCUGCUCGACAUGCCCUUCCUCACGCUGCGGAACAUCACCGCGUUCUCACCCGCCGGCCGCCACGCCUACGUGUGCCACGAGUGCGGCGCCACCUUCGAGCAGCCCAACCCGCUGAAGACGCACCUGUUCCUGGCGUGCGCGCCCUUCGCGCCCGCCGCCUUCUGGGCGCGCUGCGCGGCGCGGCUGGGCGCGCCCGGCUCCGCGCCCGCGCCCUCGGCCCCGCCCGCGCCCCCGCCCGCGCCCGACCCCGCGCGCCUCGAGGCGCUGGCGGCGGCGUGGGGGCGCGCGCGCGGCGGCCACGUGUGCGUGUUCUGCGGCAAGCUGUACUCGCGCCGCUACGGGCUCAAGAUCCACAUCCGCACGCACACGGGCUACAAGCCGCUGCGCUGCCGCCACUGCCUGCGCGCCUUCGGCGACCCCAGCAACCUCAACAAGCACGUGCGCCUGCACGCGGCGCCGCCCGCCGCGCCGGCCGCCGCGCCGCACGCGUGCCCGCUGUGCCGCAAGCCGCUGGCGCGCCGCCGCGACCUGCUGCGCCACCUGCGCGCGCAGCACGCCGGCGCGCCCGCCACGUGA